CGACCACCCUGGUCGGACCCAGAACCAGCGAAGCCGCGGCCGCAGCUUCGCCACCGCACCACGUGCAGCAUGUGAGUGUCAUGUGCUCCGUGGGGCAGAUGACCCAAAUCCUGCAAACCACCUUCAAGGGCGGUAACCGUCUUCAGGGCAUCUACUUCCAAGUGGAUGUUCUGGAUGACAUCAAUCUGGUGAGUUUGACCGGCUCCUUCGCCGAUGCGGGCCACGUCUACGUGCACAUGCGCAACGGCAGUAUCGGCGAGCAGGUUGGAGGUAAUUGGCGGCUCUUGCAAUCAACACCGGUGGAGAGCGGCGGACAGAAAAACGUGCCGAUCGGGCAGGUCUUUGUGCGUGGGAGCUACACUCUCCAUGUGGCGUGCUCCUCUUCCAUCAUAUACUCAGAUGCACUCUCCAUCCAUGACGUCCUGGCGCAGGAUGACAACCUGAUGAUCUACAAUGGCUGGGGCACCGCCGACUGUGACAAGAUCCCCUUGGACAGGGACUACUCGGGCUGCCCCUGCCGAAGCUGGAACGGCAUCGUGGAAUAUCGCUGCGAGGUGGAGUCGGUGUACCGGGACCAACACUUGCGACGCUGGGCCUCGGUGAUGCAUCAGGACACCACCUUCGCAGACGUGGAGAUCAAAUGUGGCAAUCAAAGCUUCCCUGCGCAUCGGGUGGCUUUGGCUUCUGCCUCUCCGGUCUUCGCCAAGAUGCUCCAGAGCAGCAUGAAAGAAGCGCAGACACGGAGCAUUGUCAUUGAGGAUGUGUCACCCGAAGUCGUGGCAAAAGCUUUGCGCUUCAUGUACACAGGCGAAGUGGCCGACGACGUGGACAUCGAGUCCUUGGGCUUUGCGCACAAGUACGACAUCACCGGCAUGAUGCAGCCUGUGAGCAGCAAAAUCUUGAAGAAUCUCUCGCCUGAGAACGUCUCUGCCACGGUGCGCUCGCUACGCCCCUACAAGCGCAGCCAGGCGGAAGCAGACGCUUGGCUACUGGCGCCGGGCGCAACCCGGUGCACUCCCCCCCCAAAGUCGGAGACGGAGGAACUGGUUCAGUUGGGAUUCCAACAUGCCCAAGGGAACUGAUCAAUGGAACCACAUACUUUACUAUAUACUGAAACCAUAAUCAUUGCAUGAUUGACAUUUUGCAAUAUUUUGCCCGCCUCACUGAAACCACUGUCCAAAUCAUUGCUCAAGGGAGUAGCUGGGGGCUCAAAAAACAAGUGGUGGCUCCUGCCAUCAUGGUGGCCACCCUCCACUUGCCAACGGUUGGCUUGUUGGAGAAGUCCACGUUUGUGUAAACGACUCUUUCCAUGGAAAUGCAAACACUCACACCCACAAAGGAUAUCAGACUGCCAGCAGUCGAUCUACUUUGCACUGACACGAACAUAACCCUGUUCAUUGUUUGUCCAAGCACGCAUCCUGCGAGCUGGUCCAGGUUGCUCGGCUCAUGCAACCUUUGAACCAUGCUCCGCCAGGAGGCUCUCGGCGGAAAACCCCCCGACGGCGCAGAAAACGCUCCGACUCCUUACCCUGGCCACACGUCGGACAUGGCGGGGUACCCAUGGGUGGCACUCCUCACCCACCUCGAUUCACAACCCGAUGGAAUUCUGCACUGCUCAGUGUGACAGCGGCCUCUCCCAACUUCAUGCGCGCGUGCGACAACGAGUCCUGAAGGAUUCCAAGCUGAUUGAAGCCUGCCUGGACGGCCUUUGAAUUGCGUCGUUCUGAACACGUUUUGAGCCCAAUGCUGGCGCAAACGGUGUUUCUGCAUUUUCAAGGCAGGCCCCAAUGUACCAUUCAUUACCAACCCAAGGUCCCGUGGUGUCCCUUUUGCAAGGCUGGCUGGUCGAGCAAAGAUGUUGCGUUGGUGGUGAAGGAGAGCUUGGCUCGCAGGUGAUCCGA